AUGGUGCAAAGAUUUCAAGUUACGAAAAUAUUCUACUAUAUGGUUGAACCGGGAGUAGAGCUGUGUUUUCGGACCCCGCUGAUAUCGCCGACGUCUAAUGCGCUGCGAGGCUGCUUUGUGGGGUCGGUAUGGCUUAUUUUCAGUGCGACUUUUGCCGUAUUGAUCUCACAACAGCUGUUUUUCGGGGGCGUUCUACCUUCCAAAUGGAUUGACAAAUGGUCCAUUUAUCAGAGAAGCAAGCUCAACCUGGUACUUCUGUACUGUGCGUUGUAUGUUUUUGUGUUUUUUCCUGCUGAAGGGAUCUCCUCAGAGUCGUUGAUCUACGUUUUACACUCAAUUACACUGGUUCUGGUGACUUUGCUGCAUGCCGUCGAGACUUCUCGGUUCCUUGUUCAGCCCGGCUCUCUGAUGUUCUUCUGGCCAAUCCAGACGAUCCUGCUUGUGGCAAUGAGUAUCCAGCAGGAUUUCAGCGAGCACAAACUCGUUCAGUUCACUGUUCCUCUGAACAUCCUCUCGGUCUUGAGUUUCGGGAUUUGCGUGGCAGAAUACUGGAAGUUCCCUGUCUCGCCCAAUUUGAUCACCUACUGUCUGGACAACGACAUAGAGACAGCACAGAACAACAUCAUCUCGGAAAUCACGUUCUACUGGAUGAACGACCUGAUUAUGACCGGAUAUCGCAAGCAAAGCUUGGAUUACAGUGACUUGCCACCAGCUCCGGUGAUAACAACCACGGUGUAUGCGGCGCCAAAGUUGUCAGUGCAGUGGAAGAAGGAGCUCACUAGUCGCCGUCCGUCGCUGUUGAUGGCCUUGAUCAAAGCGUUUGGAUACCCCGUGUUUGUGUCGUUGAUCUACGACAUGGCUAAUAGCUUCGCGUCGUUCGUGCAACCGCAGCUCCUUAAACAACUCAUCAAGUUCUUUGGCCGCGAAGACGACCCGCCAACCAUCAUUGGGUUUGCUAUCGCUGUUGGAAUGUUCUCCGUGUCGCUGUUCACCGCGUUGCUCUACAACCAGUAUUUCAUCAAGACCGUGGAAGCCUCUAUGGGCACAAAGGCUGGUCUGAUGAACCUGAUCUACGAGAAGUCGAUGAACCUGUCUCCAGAGAGUCGUAUGACCAGAUCCACCGGAGACAUCAUCAAUCUGAUGGCCGUGGACGUCAACAGACUGCAAGAUCUGACUUCGUACGUACAAACUCUGUUCAGCGCACCAGUGAGACUGGUUCUGUGUCUGAUCUCGCUCCAUGCACUUCUUGGAAAUGCCACAUGGGCAGGAAUUGCCACCAUGGUGAUCAUGAUGCCAAUAAAUGCGUACUUGGUUCGUUCGUUGAGAAAGUUCCACCGUGAACAAAUGACACUCAAAGACGCACGGACCUCGCUGGUUGCCGAAUUGUUCCAGAACGUCAAGUCCAUCAAACUGUAUGCGUGGGAACAACCGAUGCUCAAACGUCUAUCUGAGGCCAGAAACGACAAGGAGCUUGCCAAUUUGAACAAGAUCGGAAUACUGUCUGCAGUUGUCAAUUUUGCUUGGACCUGUGUUCCAUUUUUUGUUUCAUGCUCCACCUUUGCCAUUUUCGCAUACACUUCCAAGACGCCACUGACUCCAGAGAUUGUGUUCCCAGCACUUUCUCUAUUUGAUCUGCUUUCGGACCCGAUAUUUGCCAUUCCGGCUCUUAUGACCGCCCUGAUCGAGUCGGGUGUUUCUUUGAAGAGACUGACAGAUUUCUUGCUCGCUGACGAGAUCGACGAUAGUUUGUUCGAAAGACUUCCAAAAAGACUCAAUCCCGGAGAGACCGCCGUUCGUGUCGACAAUUGCACUUUCCUCUGGUCCAAGCUGGACUUUAAAUACCAGGACAACUACGACGAGGAACGUAGUUUAGACCAAUCCAAGGUCGCACUGAAAAAUGUCAAUUUCACCGCUGGAAAAGGAAGCUUGACCUGUGUGGUUGGUCGUGUUGGUUCAGGAAAAUCUACUUUCUUGCAAUGUGUUCUUGGAGAACUAUUCUCUGUUCCAACAGAUCCGACUCUUCCAAAAAAGAUUCAGGUCCACGGAUCAAUUGCCUAUUGCUCCCAAGUCCCCUGGAUCUUGAACGCAUCCGUUAAAGAUAACAUUCUCUUUGGUCACAGAUUCGAGCCCGAUUUCUAUGAGAAAACCAUCGAGGCGUGCCAGUUGCUACCAGACCUGGAGAUCCUCCCGGACGGUGACGAAACCAUUGUCGGAGAAAAAGGUAUCAGUCUUUCUGGAGGACAGAAAGCAAGACUCGCGUUGGCAAGAGCAGUUUACAUGCGGGCAGACGUUUAUUUGCUCGACGACGUGUUGAGCGCUGUCGAUGUCCAUGUUGGACAGAAGCUGAUCAAAAACGUUCUGGGACGGAAUGGUAUUCUACAUUCAAAAACAAAAAUUCUUGCAACCAACAACAUCAAGGUCCUUGAUCAAGCAGAGAAGGUCUGUUUGAUUUCCAACAACGAGAUUUCCGAGUCCGGUUCGCUGGACCAGGUGGUAGCAGCCAAGAGCAAGUUGUUUGAACUUGUUAACGAAUACGGCCAAAGUUCAGACGAGCAAGAUUCCACUCCGUUGGUUGGAUCCUCUUCGACAUCUUUGGCUGAAAUAGAGCAGGAUAUCGAGCAAGGAGGAUUCGAGUACGCUGGAGUUGAGCCUGCGGACCUAGUGAAAGUCCAGUCCCGCAAGUCUGUUGGUGCAGCCAGCUUGCUACCGUUAGACCACAGACAAUCGGUCACCAAGAUCAACAGAAAGACCGCACAGAAGGAGGAAACGAAGGAAAAAGGACAUGUGAGCAUAUCUGUUUAUUCUAGCUACGCCCGUGCGUGCAGCUACGUCGGAAUCUUCACCGUUUGUGGCCUAAUUCUCCUGACUGUUGGACUGUCUGUUUCUGGUGACUAUUGGCUAAAACACUGGGGAGAACAAAACGGAAAGAACGGCCAGAACACCAAUGUCGGGAUGUACGUUGGUGUUUAUGCUCUGUUUGGAAUUGGAUCCGGCCUAUUUACCUUGAUCAGAGCCAUGACCAUGUGGAGCUGGUGUUCGAUUCGGGCCUCCAAAAAACUACAUAACGAUAUGGCCAGUGCUGUUUUGGCAUCUCCGAUGUCCUUCUUCGAAACCACCCCGCUUGGACGAGUCAUCAACAGAUUUAGCCAGGAUAUGGCCAAGAUCGACUCUGCUCUUCCCCGUGUGUUUGCGGCCGUGUUCAACUCUGUGAUCAAGACUACGUUCACUUUGGUUAUUAUCGGAACCACCAUGCCUCCAUUCUUACUCAUUAUCGCCUCGUUGUCGGUGGUGUAUCUCUACUACCGGAAAUACUACAUCAUCAUCUCCAGAGACCUCAAGAGAAUUGUUUCUGUUACAAAAAGUCCAAUUUUUGCCCACAUCCAGGAAUCGCUCGCUGGAGCAGACACCAUUCGUGCGUACGACCAAGAGGCCAAGUUUUUGCACCAGCAUUGUGCCAAUAUCGACGAAAACCAGCUCUCUGCUUACUGUUUGAAAUCUGUCAACAGAUGGCUUGCUGCCAGACUCCAGUUUAUUGGAUCUGUGGUGAUCUUCUCAGCUUCCGGUCUGGCUUUAAUGUCUUUGCACAGUAGCCAUCCAAUGAGCGCAGGAUUGCUGGGUCUGGUGAUGAGCUACGCACUCAGAGUGACAAGCUCGUUAAGUUUCAUCAUCAAGAGAUCGGUGGAAAUCGAGUCUGAUGUCGUUUGCUGUGAGCGCGUAUUCGAAUACUGCCGACUGGAACCAGAAGAGAAACUCAAGGACCCGUUGCCGCCACCAGCAGAUUGGCCCCGGGCAGGUGCUAUUGAGUACAAGAACUACGCUACUCGCUACAGAGCAAACCUCGACCCUAUUCUCCGGAACAUCAACCUGAGCAUCCAACCGAGCGAAAAGAUCGGCAUUGUGGGCCGUACAGGCUCAGGUAAGUCGUCAUUGAUGCUGUCGCUGUUCCGCAUUAUCGAACCUAUCGAAGGACAUAUAGAGGUGGACGGCAUCAACACGAGCACGCUGAGUUUGCACGACGUGCGGAGCAACCUGGCGAUCAUCCCUCAGGACGCGCAAUGCAUCAACGGAACCGUGCGCUACAAUCUGGAUCCGCUGGGCGAACAUACCGAUGAGGAGAUUUGGAAAUGUCUCGAGCUGGCCGGACUUUCUGAUCACGUGACCCGUAUGGGGAAAGACCAAGAGAAAGAAAACGGACUGGACAGUUUGGUGAGCGAGAGCGGGAUGAAUUUGAGCGUGGGGCAGCGGCAGCUGAUGUGUCUUGGUCGUGUGCUGCUGCGAUCUCAGAAACUGCCGAAUGGGGGUGGCCACCGGGUGAAGAUCUUAGUUUUGGACGAGGCCACUUCGAGCGUUGACGCAGAAACCGACCGGAUCAUCCAGCAGACUAUCCGGACUGAAUUCAAAGAUCUCACGAUUCUCACCAUUGCGCACCGCUUGGACACGAUCAUGGACAAUGACCGGGUGCUUGUUUUGGAAAAUGGAGAGAUCAGGGAGUUUGCUAGUCCGCGGGCUUUGAUGGAACAGCCAGAGUCACACUUUUACAAGCUGUGUGUGGACGGAGGGUACAUAAAGAAAGAAUGA